AUGCUCAGUAAAUCGUGGGGCAGCACAGCGACGGCCAUGAUGUGGACACUGCGAGCAGAGGGCCGUCUGUUCCACUCUGGACUCCCUCACAAAGGAAUAAACUCCCUGGAGAUGGGCAUGGAGGCCGUCAACUACGUUCAGUCUCAGUUCUACAAGGACUUCCCAGCUGGGGACAUUCGUCUGACUCCCUUCUAUGAUGCUGAGACCUGUCUGGAGAAGGUGAAGGGAUAUGUGGAGACUCUUAACAAUGGUGAGGAGAGAGGGGAGAGAGUUGGCCCAGAGGGAGAGGGAGGGGAGAGGGAGAGAGUUUGUGUGUUCAUCUCCAUCUCAGAUCUGUCUCUGCUGCCAACUCGUGGUCCUUGCAGUAAGUACACUCUGGAUAUUCCUGAGGGGAUAGCAUGCAACCUGGACUCCAAGGGAUUCCACAGACUGAACGACGCCACCAAGGAGGUCCUGGGAGAGAGCAAACCAUACUCCAUCUGUGGCAGUCUGCCUCUUGUCGGAGACCUCCAGAGAGCCGGCUUUGAUAUCCAGGUGUGUGGAUAUGGUCACUCCAGUGUGUACCAUGGCGACAACGAAUACUGCAGUCUGUCUGCCAUGCAAGCAGCUAUGAAGAUCCUCAGCUCUCUGUUGGACAAGUUCAACUGA